AUGGAGAGUUUACUAGUGACAGCUAGAGAUAACAUUGAUAUGCUAAAGGAGAUGGGAUUGAUUAGUUUAACUAUUGGUUACUAUACUGUGUAUGAUGAACAUGCAAUUGAUGAGGAGGUGAGGAGUCUAAUGAAGAAACUGGAGAUGGUAGAGAGGGAAAGAGAUGAUUUACUUGAGGAGAAUGCUAAAUUGAAGGAUACAAUAGACACAUUAGGUAGAGAAGUUGAUGAAAGCAAUAAGUCAUCAAUACAAUCAUCAGAGUCUGAGAAGGAAGAGAGUAAAAGGAAGAUGGCAAAAGCAAUGAAAAUGGAAAUAGAUCAUUUACGAUCAUCUCUUCAAAGCAAAACAGGAAUUAAAGAAACGUUAAUUGGAUUAGAGAAAACAUUAAUUGAAAGAGAAAAGGAGAUAGAGCAGUUACAGGAAAAGGUAUCAUUAAUGAAUAUACAACAACUGAAAGAAACUUCAAUUACUCUUAGAAAGGAUCAGUCUACCCAAUCAAUAAAUCCGCCAAAGGGACCAGUUUAUGUAGCUAUUAGCGACUGGGAGGCAAGAAGAAGUACUGAGCUUUCAAUCAAGAAAGGAGAGAAACUUGAGAUCAAGGAAGAGCGUACUACUGGAUGGUGGCUAGCAAGAUCAUUAGAUACUGAUCAGGAGGGAAAUGUUUAUAUUGGUGAUAUUAAAAAAGAUGAAGAGAGUGAACUGUCAACAUUAGAAUCACUUGAACUAUUUCAUUAUGCAAUGACAGAAAAU